AUGGAAGUAUUUCUCAAAUUACCCAAGGAAAUACUAUCAUUAAUUUUUAGUAACAUCAAAGAUAGAUCUACAAUCAAAAGCUUAUUAUAUAUUCCAGGUUUACAACAUAUCGCUUUAGAACGAAAAUAUCCAAAAUAUGAAAUAAAUAAUUACAAAAAUUCAAUUGAAACGUUAAUAAAUCUUCAUCAACAGUUUAAGUUUAUACCUUCAACAAUCAUUGGGAAUGUGAAACAAAUCAAUCAAUUAAUAAAUGAGCCAAAUUUCAGAUUAGUCAAUUAUGAGGUAAAGAUUUUGAAAACUACUAGAUUUACUGAUCUAGUCUCGAUCUCAGAUAAAGUUUAUAUUGUUGGCGUACACUUGAAUCAAUAUUUAGAACCUUUUGUUGGGUAUUUUAAAAAAGAUGAAAUUAAAUCAUUCCUAAGUUUUGUGGAAAGUACCUUCUUGCAAUCAUUGACAACAUCACAUUUGAAUAUAUUCACAGUUUCUUUUCCAAAAUCUUUGAAGCAGCUAACGUUAAAUGAAGGUUACAAUAUUGAAUUGAAUAUAAGUGAGUUACAUCAUCUCGAAUCAUUUGAUUGCAAAUAUCUUCACAAGAUGAGUACAUUGGAUAAUCUUCAGCUCCCAUUAUCUAUCAAAAAUCUAGCACUUUACUCUUGUGAUUUUAAAACUUUAGGUGAUUUAUCCAAGUAUUAUAAUCUAAAAUUACUCCAUAUAUCUUGCUGUCCUGAACUUUAUGAUUUAGGUGUUACAUCGUUUCCCGAUUCAUUGAAAACUUUCAAUUUCGUCAACAAUUUCCAUCCUGGUAAAAUAAACAAGUUAUUAGACGAAGAACGAUUUGACUAUAUAGCAAGUCGGCAGGUUCAUAUAGAUGGUAGGUUUAGGUUCCCUAGAAAUUUGAAGAAUUUGAAGAUUUGCGAUACUAUGCAGAGUCUAGAAGUAGGAGAUAUUAUGGUGAUUAGGAAGACACUUGAUAUUUUGGAAUUAAAUAGUAUCGGACAUCUUGAGCUAGACGAGCUUUUAGUCAGUUUACCAAAGAAAAUGUCCGAGAUCAUCAUAACAAAUUGCCGAGUUGUAGCUGAAGGUCAUGUCGAUUUUCCUGAGCUGGAGCGGAUUAAAUUUACCAACAAUGACGUAUGGUUUAAUUGUUUAGAUUCAAAUUUGAACCAAUUAAAAUCUUUGAAGGUGUUGGAUAUGUCAAACAAUUAUUGCUCAUGUGGCUCUGGUCUAUACCUACUUGAUCCAUUGGAAAUUUUAGCUAAUGUAAAAGAAAAUGUAUGUUUCGAUACACCCAAUUUGCAAAACUUAAUUUUGAAAAAGUCCAGGUUUGAUGGUUAUGAUCCUUAUGAAAGAAUUUUAUCUUUUCAAGUUUCAUUUAAAUGUGAAAAUUUGACCAAAUUGAAGAUGUUAAAUUUACGUGUCAAAUCAUUGGAUUUUGAUCAUUUUCCCAAUUCAUUAGAGGAAUUAAUAAUCAAUAAUUUAAAAUUGGAAAACGUUCAAGGAAAUAUUUAUAAGUUUGAUAAUUUAAAGAAAUUAGAUUUGCAAAAUAAUCAAAUAACUUACUCAAUGUUGAGUUCUCAAGAGUUCCCAUUCUGCUUAACGCAUUUAAAUUUGUCAAACAAUAAUAUUGAAAAUUUAAAUUGUUUGUCUUUAUAUAAAUGUAUUAAUUUGAAAGAUUUAAACUUGAGAGAAGUAACUUCAAAGGAUAAACCAAGAGGUGCGAGUCGAUUAAGGAAAUUACUUUUAAAUCUUGAUACUAAUAUCGAUGCAAUUUUAACAAACUAUGAUUUAGAUGUGAUUUUUGAAAUUGUCAAUGGAGUUGAAAAAAAUUCAAUUUUCAAGUCUAUUUAUAAAAAAAGAAGAAUUGGUUAA